UGGACAACGACGACGACAAAGACGACGACUGCAUAGACAUAGACCUUAGACUGUACAUACGCCUGCACCAUGACCAUCACCACUCCGAUCCCCGUGACGACGAUCAACGGCUUCCUCGGAGCGGGGAAGACAACAACGAUUCUCGGCCUGCUCGGCCAGCUGCCCAAGGACUACAAGGUUGUCCUCGUCAAGAACGAGUACGGCGAUGUCGAGGUCGACUCGCUCCUCGCCAAGCAGAGCAACAUCACCGGCGUCUCCGAGAUCCUCAACGGCUGCCUCUGCUGCACCAUGGUCGGGCUGGUGGAGAACGCCAUGAUUGAGAUCCGCGACAAGUACCACCCGGACAGGAUCAUCAUCGAGUCCAGCGGAACAGCCUUCCCUGCCACGCUCGCACUGCAGAUCCGCGAGCUCGAGCCCGAGGGCUUCAAGCUCGACGGCGUGGUGACGGUCAUCGACUGCGUCAACUUCCGCGGGUACGAGGACAACUCGCCGACGGCCAAGCUGCAGGCGCAGUACACCGACCUGAUGUUGCUGUCCAAGCACGAGCUGGUGACCGAGCGUGACUUCGACAUUCUGCUCGACCACCUCGGCGAGCUGAAUGACACGACGCCGCACAUCAAGGUCAGCCGGGACAAGCCGUUACGGCCAGAGCUGGUGUUCGGACUCGACUCGCAGCUCUUCUUGCAAGGCGACAAGGAGCAGGACUCGUGGGCUGCGCUUGGCGGCCAGGGACAGCACAUUGACGAGGUGGAGACGAAGAGCGUGUGGCGUGGCGGACGGCGCCCCGGCAAGAAGCACGCACACGCGCACGACGGAGAGGCGUGCAAGGAUUGCGCUGCGGGCGAGCAGGAGGAGGCUGUCGCCGAUGCCGCCGCCACCCCCGUGGUCCCCGUUGAGCGCGCACAGCUCGAGGAACAGCUUGCCAAGCUUCCGUUCGAGAUCUACCGGGUCAAGGGCAUUGUCCGCCUCCCGGCUUCAGACGCAGACACGCCGUACGCCACGCACAUCCUCAACUGGGCGUUUGGGCGGCACGAGCUCACGCCCGCCCCGAGCCUCGACUCGUCGCCCGACCUCGCGGGCGUGGGCUUCCGGCUGACGGUCAUGGGCGAGCGUGGCGAGGUGGCGCGGCGCGCGCGCAAGCUCGCAGAGGCCCUGGGCGCACAGGUCGCGUAG